AUGAUUGUCCGUUCGUCAUUUUCUCUAAUUCUAAUAUGUAUUCUUUUUAUUCAUACAUUAUAUGCCAUUAAUCCAGAAUAUUUUCAUCAAAAUAAUCAAGAACAACAAUUAUCAUCAUUAAUUGAAACAAUGAAUAAAGAAUUAUCUGAUCAAUAUUCAAACAUGGCUUCAUCUGAACAAAAUCAAAAUUAUAAUGACAAUGAUGAUGAUGAUGAUGAUGAUGAUCAACCAAUAAAACGUAAUAAAUAUCCAAAUUUUCAUCUUAGCCCAUUAUGGUUAUCACGUCGAACACGUACAAAUCGUAUCUAUGGAAAACCAUUAUGGAUUUCGCGAACAGGAUAA